CAACGCGAGCAACUUCCUAUUAGGAAAUAUCGUGAUCAUAUAUUAUAUUGCUUAGAAAAUUAUCAGGUGCUAAUUUUAGUUGGUGAAACUGGUUGCGGUAAAAGUACGCAAGUGCCACAGCCUAAUUGUGAAUUAUUCACUGGGUUAAACAAAACUGGAUGCUGCAAACAUUUCUUAUUUUUGAUUGAUAACAAAUUUUCAGUUAUUAAUUUAAUUUCUUUAUUUAUUUAAAAAAAAAAAAGUAAAAUGAUAAGAGGAGAUUAAUACAACCUAUCAGACUCAUAUAGCGAAAAUUUAUUAAAUAGAAAAUUAAAACAAGCCUUUUUGGUUCUUUUUAGAAAUUUUCUUAUUAAUGCAAAAUUAAAAUAACAAAAUCAUUGAAAUAUUCCAUAAAAAUUGGAUUUUGAAUUGAAAAAAAAAAAUUACCUAAAUGUUGAAUAUAAAAUUUUUUGAUUAAGCGCUUUUGAAUCAAAAUUUUAAGUUUGAGUUUUAAAAAAAUUAUAAAAUGGUUGGUCCAAGCUCUCAAAUCAGUAAAUUGCUCUUAUUUUUAUUAUUAUUGCUAAUAAUAUUUUAUUUGGCAAUGGAUGUUCAAUUAUAUAUAAGAAUACAUUUUUAUCCAAUCGAGAGAAGUCAUAAUAUUAAUAAAAUUACAUCAUUACCAUGGCCAUCAAUACAAAACGAUCCAAAUAAUAAAAUGCAUAAUGCCGAUUCUUAUGAUGACUACAAUAGUGAAAAGAACAUUGGAAAUGUUUUUAGUAGUAAAAGUAAUAAAAUAUUAUCAAAUAAUGGAAAUAUUCGCGAUGGCAAUCAUUAUAUUUAUCAAUUAGUAACAUCAAGUCAAAAUAUAUUACAAGCUCAACAACGAUCAAUUCCUAUAAUUGAGAAAAGUAUCCUUGAAAGUAAUGAGCAUGAUACAAGUAACAGCACCAAUGAUUUAUUAUCGGGGCAAUUGCAAAAUGAAACUUUUGAUAUUAUUUCAAAAUUUAAUAAAAAAACUACAUUUCAAAAUGUUUUAGCAACGCAACAAUAUAUAAAUGAAAAUGAAGUACAAAAAUAUAAAUAUAGUACCUGGAUACCGUGUCAUAUAAAUCCGUUAUGUUUUAUUACAGUUAAGGCCCUUCUUCUUGAUCAUACGAAUCACUAUUUAUUUGCUCCAAUGGCAACGAUAUUUGAUGAUAUUAUUGGAUUCUCGAGAACGCAAUAUAUUACUGCAAAUUUUAUAUCUUAUUUUCAUGUAUUUGUUGCAUUAAUAGCUGCACGAUUUAUAGCAUCUGAUUAUUUAGGUUAUAGACGUAUUGGUGUUCUUCUUUUUGAAUUUCGUACAUUCUUAGAUGAUCUAGAUGGUCAUGUUGCACGUGUGAAAAAAAAUAUACAAGGAGAGCGUUCUGAAGUUGGUACUGCUGGUUAUUAUAUAGAUGGUUUGUGUGAUUCUUUGGGUUGCGUUGCUCUUAUGAUUGGUAUAUAUAUAUUUUUAAAAAAUAAUCCUCCACGACGUGGUUAUGCUCAAAUGCAAGCCGUUUUGCCAGUAACAAAUGAUGAAACAAAUUGUAAUACUAUUAAAUUACAAUCAGAAAUUGGAGUUACAUAUCGUGUUAAAACUAUUAGACAAAAAAUUGUUAAAAAAGUAUGCAUAUUUUCUGGGCAAUUACUAUUUAGUUCAAUGGCAUGGAAUCGUUAUAUAGCAUCGUAUCAGAAUAUGUUAGAAUGCGAUGAUGUUACACCUAUACAAUUAAGUAGACAAAAUUUUGUAUUUAAAUCGAAUAUAUUUUUUUUAAUAGCGUGGCUAUGGCGUUUAUUUAAUGUACAUUCAAUAUUACAUUGUUUAUUAUUGAGUAUAUUUUGUGAUAAGCUAUGGGAUUUUUUAAAAAUGAUACAAUACAGUGGAAUUUUAAUACUAUUUUUAUCGAUGUGUGCUACUGAAAUGCAUGUGUUAGAAGCACAAAAUUUUAUUUUUAAUUCGAUGAUAAUCGCAAAUAACAACACAUCACUGUGAUUUUCUAUAUUUUUUGUGUAAUAAAUAACAUAUAAAAUUGAAGAAUUUUUACGGUUAGUAAGAAAUUUAUAUAAAUGAAUUCUAUUAUUAAGUUUGAAACUGAAUAUUUUAAUAUUAAAUACAUAAUGUAUAUUUAUUUAUUCUCUAACAUUUUGUGUUUAUUUAAAUUUGUAUAAAAUGUUUGUUUUUUUUAAAUAUAUUUGUCAAUAUUUAACUCAAAACUUUUUUACCUUAUUUUAAACUAUAAAAAUAUUAUGCAUUUAUAAUAUUAAUUUUAACAAUAUGAUUUUUAAGCAUGUUGCUAAAUCCCCUAUCAUCAAAGUUUAAGCUUAACAUUGAAGAAAUAAUUUUUUUUGAAAUUCUGUUUAUUGAACCUAAUUGAAGUUAGGCAUUUUUGAUUGAUAUAUGGUAUGACCGCGUCAUAUAUUUUCUAAUGUUAUAUUUUGAUUAGAAUAUGAAAAUCCAAAAAAUUUAUUUUUAUUAGUUGAGCAGAUGUUUUAGCAGAGAUUCACUUUCUGACAUUCGCUUUUCCAAACAGGAACCCAAAAAGUAAAUUUUAAAAUAUUCCGUUAAUUAAUUCCUUAGGUAUUGCCGAAAAUGCAAGUUUCUGACAUCUCCAAAAUGAACUCAAAUAAAACCUUUCGCCAAAAUGGGUUUACAAUAUAAAAAAUUCAUUCUUGUUUAUAAAAGUAUUCUAUCUAAUGCUUCUCUAUUUAUCUAAAACUUCUUUAAUAAUCGACAUGGGAAAUUUAGUGUCACCACUUUAUUGUAUGCAUGGCGGUAUGUAAAACAGGAUUUUAAGUCUCAUUUAAAUUUAAUUGUUUCAAAAUUUCUACUAAAUUACAAAACUUGAAAGAAUGAUGAUAAAAAUUAAAUCAAAUUAUUUAUAUAUAUUGUUUUAUAUUACCUUGAGUUUGUAGUUACGCUUUCUGUAAUCGUUUCAGAGAGACUAGAGAUUUUAAUGAGAUUUAAUGUACUAACUCACACAAAAUUAGAAUCUGAACUCACCCAUUCUGUAAUACCUUCAUAAGCUCCUCCAAUUUCAAGUUGUCAAUAAUGGUCAUGUAAAAUACAUUGUUAUUUAAGCAUUGUUUUAUUCAAGCACAUUUUGGGAGACCAAACUGAAACUAGUAGAUAAGCGGAGUAAACUAUUUAAUACUAAAAUACAUAUAAAUAAUAUCAUUAUUCAUGUUUUAUAAAAAUAAUUCGAGCUUAUAUAAAUUAACAACGUUAUAUCUCUUGCGAAUUCAUCUUCAAUUAUUUGGUAGUAUUGGGAAAAAAUAACCCUGUGUAAAAAAUUAUUUUCUUUUUUAUUGAUGGGUUCUUGAUUGUUUUGUAUCACCAUUUUGCAUAAUUUUCAACACUAAUAUUGACAAGUUUCCCAAUAUUGAGUUGAUUAUGUAUCUAACGAAAUUUAAAUAUGAUUUUAUUAGUAAUAAGAAUACAACGUUUGUCAUAAAGUGUAGUUUUAAGAUCAUUUUUAUUAAGUCAAAUUUAUUUGAAAUAAUUAUUUAAUAUUUCACCGAAUUAAAACGACUAAAAGGUAAGUUCAUAUUUUCUUAAUUGUAAAGAAUUAUUUUUUUUUUGUUAAAUUCAAUCAGUUUUUUUAAAUUAUUUUUUAUCAUCAUAAGGAGAAGGAGUAAUUCAGUACCUAUUCCAUUAACAUCCGGUAAAAAUGCAAAAGAUGUUCUGCCAAUAUUUAAAAAAUACGCGAGAUUUAAUUUUAGAUUUUAUGUUUCUUUAGUUUUUAUAACUUUAGUUAUAUUGUUUAUGCUUAUGUAUCUAUAUACAUAUAUAAUAUUUUGAUUUUUAAUAUUAAAAUUACAUCUAUAUUUCUUAUUUUAC